AUGGCCAUGGAAGUGGUCAAACGCGACAUAUGCCCUGUUCGGUGGCAAACCCCCCCCGGCGGGCGCGCUGAGGGGAGGGCGCGGCGCCCGCCCGCCAUUUCCUGCCCUCAGGGGAAGGAGGAGGAGGAUGAGGAGGGGCCGCGCCGCCUCAGAGCCGCGGCCAUGGCCGGCUUCGUGCGGGAGCUGGAGCGGCGGGCCGGGCCGGCGCUGCGGCUGGAGCAGCGGGCGGCCGGAGGGGUGGGCUCCGUGGUGUGGGACGCCGCGCUGGUCCUCGCCAAGUUCCUGGAGACCGGCGCCUGUCCCCUCGCCCGCCGCCACGUCCUGGAGCUGGGCGCGGGCACCGGCGCCGUCGGCAUCAUGGCAGCCACGCUGGGGGCGAACGUGACGGUCACGGACCUCGAGGAGCUGCAGGAGCUGCUGAUGGUGAAUAUAGAGAACAACAAGCACCUGGUCACAGGGUCAGUCCGAGCCAAGGUACUGAAAUGGGGAGAAGAUGUAACAGAAUUUCAGCCUCCCCCCGAUUAUAUACUCAUGGCUGAUUGCAUUUACUAUGAGGAGUCGUUGGAGCCGUUGCUGAAGACGCUGAAGGACCUCACUGGCCCUGACACGUGUGUCUUGUGCUGCUACGAGCAAAGAACCAUGGGGAAGAACCCUGAAAUCGAGAGAAAAUACUUUGAACUGCUUCAGAUGGACUUCGAGCUGGAAAAAAUUCCCCUGGAUAAGCACGACGAGGAGUAUCGCAGCGAAGACAUCCACAUCAUGAACAUCCACAGGAGGCAAACGAAUUUUCCAUCGUGAGGCCUUUGACCACAGGAUGUGUCCUCUGGCCAGAGCUCUGGAGAAGAGGGAGAAGGGGGUGGGAUAACACCACAGAGGGACUGUCUCCGGUGUGGUUGGUGACUCAUCCACACCAAACAGCUUCUCCCUGGUGGACUUGGCACGAGGCACCAGGGGUGGGCUCAGCAGCUGAGAUCUCCUGCAGGACAGAUGUGGGCUGGCCCUGCCUGUGGGCUGAGGAAGGCAGGAAAUGGGACUGGAGCUUCACCUGGAGCAGCCCAGGAUGUGUGUUCUGGUACCUCUACUGGGCUUGUUGGGGCAGCGCUGCCGAGUGCUGGCCGAGCAGAUCCGAGGGCACCACACCCAGAACUGGGCCAGUCAAUAAAACUUCUGCACCGGGAUGGGUCUC